AUGGGUGUCGCAAUCCCCGAACUGCACUUCACCCCGAUCGAGGACAUCCCCGCUCGCGUGUCUACCGCCCGCAAAGCUUUCCUCGAGCACAAGACUCGCGAUGUCGAGUUCCGCCUGGUGCAGUUGCGCAAGCUCUACUGGGCCAUCAAGGACAAUGAGGAGGAGAUCGCCGAAGCCCUCGCCCAGGAUUUGAACAAGCCCCGAUUCGAGACUGAGCUCGCAGAAUACGGAUGGAUGCUUAAUGACAUUGUUUACUUCACUCGCAAUCUGCAUAAGUUCGUGAAGGAUGAGAAGGCCCAGGACAUCGACCUCACCUUCAAGUUUAUGAGCCCCAAGAUCAGGAAGGAUCCCUUGGGUUGUGUGUUGGUGAUUGGUGCCUUCAACUUCCCGUUCCAAUUGACUCUUGGCCCCGUUAUUGGUGCCAUCGCCGCGGGAAACACCGUUAUUAUCAAGCCCAGCGAAAAUGCUCCCCGCAGCGCCGCUAUGAUGCAGAAAAUCUGCGAAGCCAGUUUAGAUCCCUCCUGCUACACCGUCGUCCAGGGUGGUAUCCCUGAAACACAAGCUUUGCUGGCUGAGCGCUGGGAUAAGAUUUUUUUCACCGGUGGCGCCAAUGUUGGUCGCAUCAUCGCCAAGGCCGCUGCGCCUACCUUGACUCCCGUUGUACUUGAGCUGGGAGGUAUCAACCCUGCUAUUAUCUCUAAGACUGCAAACCCGCGAUUGGUAGCUCGCCGUAUGCUCUGGGCCAAGGCUCUGAAUGCUGGUCAGAUCUGUACCUCGCAGAACUAUCUGCUUGUGGACAAGACAAUUGUGCCCCAGGUUAUAGAUGAAUUCAAGAAGGCGUAUAAUGAGUUCUACCCCAAGGGCGCGAAGAACUCUACCGACUUUUCGCGCAUUGUCAACGAUGCAAGCUUCCAGCGCCUUAAGGGUAUGUUGGAUAACACUAAGGGCAAGAUCAUGAUGGGUGGUACCAUGGAUGAGAAAGAGCGCUUUAUCGACAUUACAGUCGUUCAGGUAGACUCCGUUGAGGACUCUAUGUGCACCCAGGAGAGCUUUGGCCCAUUCAUUCCUAUUCUUCCUGUAGAGAACUUGGAUGAGGCUAUUAACCUUUCAAAUGGUGUUCAAAGCACCCCGCUUGGUAUUUACCCCUUCGGCUCAAAGGCUGAUGUAGAGAAGAUUCUUUCCCGUACUCGCUCUGGCGGUGUUGCCAUCAAUGAUGCCGCUUUACAUAUCCCAACUCUCCCCUUCGGUGGCGUCGGCGAGAGUGGCAACGGCGCAUACCGCGGACGUGCCAGUUUCGACGUCUGGGUGCACCGUCGCCCUAUCACCUCUAGCCCCAGCUGGCUCGAAUCCAUACUUGCCAUCCGUUACCCGCCAUAUGAUGGCAAGAUCAAGACCCUCAGGGCUGCAAACACCUUAACCCCCGACUUUGAUCGCAAUGGCCAAAAGCUGACCCUCGGCUGGUUGCGCUACUUCCUGACCCUGGGUGGUGGCUCCACUAAAGCUGGUGCUGGUCGUGCUGCUGUUGUUGCUGCCAGUGAGUAA